GUAUAAAACUAUUUCUACGGUGUUAGGUUAUGCGAUAACUUACGUUGUUAUGCUUCUGAUUCUCUUAAAUUAAUUUAUACUGUCAUACAGAUCUAAUACAGGAAAAUUGUGUGUGCCACCUGGCAUUAUAAAUCCAUGUAAACAUUAGUGGUUAUGCUUUCUUGUAUUGUUGAUCCCCUUGUUAUGGAUCCAGUAUUGCUUCAGAAGCAGGUCCUUGAUAAUGCAGAAGACCUAAGGAGUUACAUGCAAGAUUUGAAAAGCUGGGAAGCUGACAUGAAGAGAAAAGAAUCAGAGCUUGCCACAACAGCCUCUGAUGACCAGGCACUUCCACCUGUUCGCACUAAAAUAAAAAAAAUAUCUGAAGUGCAGAAAAGUAAACAUGAAAAACAAAAUGAAAUGCCAGCAAGGAUUUCUGGAUAUGAUUAUGCCUCUUGGGAUAAAUUUGAUGUGGAUAAAGCAUGUGAAGAAUUUGAUGGUGGAAGACAUCAAGAAUCAGAAGGUGAUAAAGACACAGUCAGUGAUAGUGAGGAAAAACAGAUCAGAGAAGAAGCAGUCUAUGAAAAGGAAAUGGGGAAUGAUUUGGUGAAGAGUAAGAAGUGGAAAGAAGCAAUUCGAUGCUACAGUCGAGCCAUCAACUGUUUCCCUUAUGAUGCUAUUUUCUAUGCAAAUCGUGCUCUUUGUUAUCUUAAAACUGAAGAUCUCAGAUCAGCUGAAGCAGACUGCACAGCAGCAUUGCAGUUGGAUUCUAGUUAUGUGAAAGCAUAUCAACGCCGUGCAAUGGCUCGAGCUGGAUUAGGUCAGUUACAGGAGGCAAGAGCUGAUCUGCUAAAAGUAAUGGAACUAGAGCCAAAGAACAUGGCAUCAAAAGCAGAAUUAAUGAAACUGGAAAAGAAAAUCAACAUAAAACCUCAACAAAAUCAGUCUGUGAAAGAACCUGGCUUUGCAACUUGUUCUAAAAACAUUGUGAGUCUAGAAACAGAUAAACAAGUCAAAAUUUCAUCUUAUGCACUUAAAGAUAAAAAGGCAGAAAAGGAAACAGACACAAGAAAUGAAAGUAAAAUGCCACUUAAGCAAAUCAUAAGAGAAGAAAAAGAAGUCUCACAAAUGUCUGUCAAUAAAACUACUGCUGUAGCAGAAGUAAAGAAAGAUGAAAAGUGUUUUACAGAUCAAGAAAUCAUAGAUGAACAAAGUGGAGAAUCAAGAUUGUUGGAGAACAUUGUGACUGAAGAAGAGAUAUGGUCUACACAUGGAGAAGUUGAAUUGGUAUAUUCAAUACACAAACCUCCUCACUUACGUUCUAAAAAAGCUUUGAAGAGAAUUGAAAUUCAAGAAGUUGAUAAUCAUUUUAGUAGACAGCUUGGAACAAGUAACAAAAUAUGCACUGCUAAUUCAGUGGAGAAUGAACAUCAUCAAAUUACUGUUGGCUUAGAUACAGGAAAGCCUACAGAUGUCAAAGAGCAAAAGACAGAGGGAUUUCAUAAAGUUAAUGAUGUAGAAAGCAGUAAAAUGAAGUCAACAUCUGAAAAUGAAAAUUCUACAUCACAGAGUAAAGUCACUGAUCAUCUGACAGAAAUGGUAUCAGAGAAAGUUCCCCCUAUUCCUAAUACAUCAGUGCAGUUUCAAGUUGCUUGGAAGAAAGUAAGAACAGACCCUCACCUCAGCUAUCUCUACUUAAAGCAAAUUCCUGGAGCAUAUCUGCCAAAAAUAUUCCGUGAUUCUUUGGAGAGUAGCACACUUAGUGAUAUAAUAUCUACCAUCAAAACUGAGUUUAUUCAGUUUAAAGAGCCUGCUUUAUCAUUCCUUAUGGGAUUAUCUGAUGUUCGAAGAUUUGGUGCUCUAGCUAUGUUCCUGUCUGAAAGUGACAAAGCAGGAGUCAAGAAGAUACUGGAAUACUGCAAAGAACAAGGUGAAUGCUCAGAAGAAGACAGCAUAGACCUUAUGACAAAAUAUGAAUUAUAUUAAGAUAUUUGUAAACAGUGCUGCAUAAUCGGUGUAUUGUGCUAGACUUUGUAAAGAUUAUCUUCGUACUUUGAAAGUGCGUUAAUUGGAACAGACCAAACAGUGUGACCAAAUGGAGGUAAUGUACUACUACUGUAAUAUAUUUACAACUUGGAAUCAGUUAAUAUAAAUUUGUCUCAAGAGUAUUAUUAUUAGAUAACUAAAAUAACAUUUACAAUAAUGUUACCUAACUUUAUAAACUUCUGCUGUAAAGUGUGAAAACUGAAA